AUGACGAUGGGUGUCAGCAUUGUCUGCUACUGGAUUGUCGUCCCCUUCCCCGAGGAUGCGACAUUCUUGGCCCCCGAGGAGAAGGCAUUGUUGCUCGCGCGGUUGGAGGCCGAUGAAGGAAGCCUACGCGACGAUCCGAUUUCGCUCCCUCGGGUAAUAAAAAUGGCUCUGGACUGGAAGAUCUGGAUUUGUGUCUUGGCCUAUCUCGCCGCGGAAGAAAAUGCCAGCUCUUUGGUAAAUUUCCAGCCAACAAUCCUCAAAGACCUUGGCUGGAGGAGUCGCUCAGCCCAAGAGCACACCAUCCCGGUCUACGCCGUCGCCUUCGUUUUGACCCUUUCGAGCGCGUGGUUGAGUGACUAUCUUCGCCACCGCUAUCUUUUCACAUUGAUCGGUUCGGUGCUGAUUGUCAUCGGCUGGAGCAUUGAACUUGCGCAGAUUCCCUCCGCCGGGGUCCGGUACUUGGGAAUGUUCUUUGUGGCUUCUGGAGCUUUCAUCAUGAUGUCUAUUUUUGUGGUGUGGCUGUGUAUCAACCUUAGCAAGGGAGUGAAGCGCAGUGUGAGCAUGGGCGUGCUGCCAGCGUUCGGCAACUGCGGUGCUUUCGUCUCUGGAAAUGUCUUCAUCACCAGCGAGGCCCCCAAGUAUCCGACCGGGAUUGGGGUUGGUCUGGCAUUCGCAGUCGUGGCCGGACUGGCCAUUGGAGAGCAUGCAGGACGUGAGAGAUGA